UUAAAAUGUAACGAAAUGCAUGUUGAUUGAGGAAAAUAGAAUUAGAUCAAUGCAUGAUAUACAUUUUAGUGAAAUUAUUUUUAACUGGAGGUCGUUGUUAAAAAUCAUUUAAAACAGUCAGAUGGAAAGUUUUAGAGUUUUGCAAGAAAACUUUCAACUGAGUGAAUCAUUUGGACAAAAUUAUCCUGAGGAUUUUGAUGGCACAUUAGACUGUGUUAGUAUUGCCAUCACCUGUGCAUUUAACAGACAGGGAACCAUUCUAGCAGUAGGAUGUAAUGAUGGUAGACUGGUUCUUUGGGAUUUCCUAACACGUGGCAUAGCUAAAAUCAUUAAUGCUCAUGUACACCCAGUCUGUACUCUAAGUUGGAGUAGAAAUGGACGUAAGUUGCUGAGUGCCGCCACCGACAACACAGUCUCAUUAUGGGAUGUUUUGUCCGGAGAGGUUGAGAAAACAUUUCGGUUUCCGUCCCCUAUUCUCAAAGUACAGUUUCACCCUAGAAGCAGUGAGAAGUUUUUGGUAUGUCCAAUGAAACAUGCUGCUGUAAGCAUGGAUAUGGAAGGAUCACACAAGCUUGUUCCUUUAGAUGAAGAUUCAGAUUUGAAUAUAAUGGCAUCCUAUGAUAGGCGAGGGAAAUGUAUCUAUACAGGAAAUGCAAAAGGAAGGGUUUGUGUGUUUACGGAGGAAGAUCAUAAAUUAAAGGCUUCAUUUAGAGUGACAACUGGGACAUUGAAUACAACAGCCAUUAAAUCUAUAGAGUUUGCAAGACGUGGAGAUUGUUUCCUGGUAAAUUCAGCGGAUCGUGUAAUACGUGUGUAUGAAAGUGGAGAGAUCCUAGCUUGUGGUAAAGAUGGUGAACCAGAACCUAUACAAAAAUUACAAGAUCUUGUUAAUAAGACAAUGUGGAAGAAGUGUUGUUUUUCGGGUGAUGGAGAAUAUAUAGUUGCAGGUUCAGCUAAACAACAUUCUCUGUAUAUAUGGGAGAAAAGUGUCGGUAACUUGGUCAAAAUUUUACAUGGAACAAAAGGAGAGCUGUUAUUAGAUGUGGCAUGGCAUCCAGUACGACCUAUCAUUGCAUCUAUAUCAAGUGGUGUGGUAUCUGUUUGGGCACAGAAUCAAGUUGAAAACUGGAGUGCUUUUGCACCAGAUUUUAAAGAACUUGAUGAAAAUGUAGAAUAUGAUGAGAGAGAAUCUGAAUUUGAUAUUGAAGAAGAAGGCAAAGAGAAAGAAGAUUUUAAAGAGGAGGAAGAAGAUGUUGAGGUGGACGUUACAACAGUUAAUGCAAUACAGGCAUUUGUUAGCAGUGAUGAGGAAGAAGAAGACACGGAGGCUUUGAUGUAUCUACCUGUUGCCCCGGAGAUAGAAGAACCUGAGGAAGGCUGGCCUGUUGUAUCAGAAAUGGUAUUGUGUUAUGUAUAUUGUUAG